AUGACAAUACCCCAAUCAAGCAAUGUAGUACGUGAAAUUCAUCUGGUCAGAGCCCCUCCAGGUGAUAAUCCUACCCCACCUUACGAUUUGAACAUUCUCGAUUGUCUCGUCGCAAAGCUCUUUGUUCGUGUCGCCUAUUUCUUUGAAGCGCCAACACACCCACUUUCAACCGAGUUUUGGACAUCAUCUCUGUCAAAAACCUUAUCGGCGUAUCGUUUCCUAACUGGAACCGUCACUCGAUACUCGCCUACUCGAGUCGUCCUGUCGGAGAAUGAACGGGGAUGCUACGUCGAGUUUGCUGACGACUCUGCAUUGACAAUCAAGGGGCUCAAGGACCAAAAUUUCGCACCAACUGCUGUGCCUGAUACUCUAUACAUUCCCGUUCUCCAAGACAAUGACCCAUCUUGGUCUUCCGUUGAAUUGUUGAGAGUGAGGAUUACCGUUCUUGCUGACGGUGGAAUCGUUGUUGCGCUCUCCAUGUUUCAUACUUUUAUCAAAGACUGGGGUGCUGCUGCUCGAGGAGAGACCAUCGUUGCACCUAAUCGCGAUCCAUCUAUUUUGAGAGUACCAGUCGGGUUAAACCAACUUAUAAGUACAGCUCCAGUAUCAACUCCAGUAUUUGUAGGACCAGCAGCACCUCCGGCUCCUCCACUCAUCAUGGUCGAAAACUUUUACUUUACACCGUCUGCAUUGAAAGCACUCAAAGUAUACACAUCUAGCUUAUCAUUACCUGACGGCCCGAUAAAGGAAGCAGCAUCCCAAGUCUCAACAUCUGAUUGUCUAGCUGCCCUAAUCUGGUGCUCGAUUCUCCAAUCAUUGCCAAAGAGCACUCUAGCAGGAAGGACUGCAACCACAAUGCCCUACCUCAUUAAUUUGAGAACCACAAGACCGCCGCUGGUCCCAAUGGAUUAUGUCGGUAAUGCCUGGGUAUCUAUGCUUGACAAGUCUUGCAAAUUCCAGAUCGAGGACUUGAUUCGCAACGAGGAUUCGAUUCGUAUGGCUGCUUGCGAUAUUCGUACAGGAAUCUUGGCAUUGACACCAGAGUAUUUCGAAACUUUUCCAUUCAAAGGACCAACCCCGGGAGAUGACAAUGUGAAGGUGCUAUUGACUUCCUGGAAAGGAUUUGGUGUUUAUGAUACUGAUUUCGGACUUGGACGUCCCAUCCGAUUCAUGCCGCAGAGUCCAAACAGACUACCCGUAAUUAUAAUCUUCAUUCGACCAAUGUGUGAUGAGCAAGGUGGUGAAGCGGGUGCUGAAUUCCAGCUUGUUCUUGGAGCAGAGGCUAUGGAGCGCUUGAAGAAAAAUAGUGUCUUUUCUCGGUUUGCUCAUUGGUAUAAUGAGGAUGGGAGCCUUGAGGGUUGUGGCAUGUGA